AUGCAUCGUCGUAAUCAAAAUAACGAUUAUAGAAACUAUUCUUUUCUACUUCCAUCGAGUUCAUCAUCUUCACGAAAUGCUCAUUAUCAAUAUUAUGAUCGUCGUUUACGUAGUCGACAAACUCUUUAUUCAAAUGCAACACCUGUUCCUACAUAUUCUACACCACGUGCUCAACAUCAAUAUCAACCAUCGACAACAAUUUCUGAUUUAGUUGAACCAAUAUCAGUUUUUGAUAAUCUAGAACCUUCGAAACAUCAUCGAUCGCCUGUGACGUCUCUUCCAUUAACAUAUAAACCACCAAAUCCAAGUCGACAAUCAUCAAUUAAUAAUGAACGUCUUACUACAGCUAGUGUUAUGCGUGAACGUUUAUUAAAAGACAUUCAAGAAAAUAUCAGUGAGAUUGAUCAAGAAUUAUCGUCAUUAAAGAAGCGACCAUCAAUUUCACAUUAUGUUCCACCUCAUCUUUCGCCUAUAGUAGGUGUACGACAAACAUCAAGUCAUAAAAAAACUCCUUUACCAAAUGAUGACAAGAAAAUUUGGCCAAAUAAACCUAAACGAGUUUAUCAAGUUGUUCCACGUAUAACAAGUGAAACAAAAAAAACAUCACAACAAUCAACACCAAAAUUACCUGAACAAACCACUUCAAAUUUAUUUGUUGGUCAAUAUCAUUAUGGACCAGAAAUAGACGAAAUUGAAAUUCGUGAAAAUGAUCCUGAAAAUUCUGAUCUUAAAUCAACAUUUGAUGAAGUAUCUCAGUUCAAUUUUCAUGAAAUAUUUUCUCUUGAUCAAUUUCGUCGUCAACAAUCUGAUUUAUCACAACAUCGUGCAUUAAUUUUAGUUCCAGAAUAUGUUGAAAAUCAUAACAUGACAAUUAAUGAAUCAACAGAAGAUUUACAUCAAAAGAAUCCCAUUGAUACAAAUUUUGCUCGAUCAUCAACUGUUGCAUCUCUACAUGAUUUAGCAUCAUCCAGUAAAUUAAAUAUUCAAGAUUUUCAAUUACUUAUGCAAACUGCACCUGAACCUAAAAUUCAAAUAGCCACUGAAAACGUUGUCAACUCUCACGAACCAUAUGAUAAAGAAGAAGCAAACUUAAAUAAUACAAUACUUUCUAAACCUAUUAAACAUUCUCGUCUAUCAAUAAGAACUCAAGAAACACUUUCUCUUUCUUCACAAACAAUGAAAAAUCCAGAAAAUAGUACUAAUUUUGAUACGAAUUAUUUUUUUAGUGAUUUUGGAAAUGACUAUGAAGGUGAAGAAGAUCUUAUAUCAAUUGAUCCAUAUAAUUUUGUUCCACCAACUGAAUCUGAAAUAAUGCCUGACGAUAAUAGAAGUAAUACUUUAAUCAGACAAUCUCAAACAUCACUACCAAAUCCUCACGCAUCAGAACAGCAACAAACCAUUGAAAAUAAUAAUCAAUAUAUUAAAGAAACAGAAAAGAAAAAAAUCGAUGCAACGACGAAACACAUUGUUACAGCGAUUUCAGCAUCACCAUCAACGAAAAUGCUUCCAGUUUCAAUUGAUGACAACAUACAAACUCAAUCUGCUAGAAAUAAAAAUAAUAGUAACGAACAUCAACAACAAACAUUAACAACAUCGUUAAAUAUGAAUACCAAUGAACGAUCUCUAGAAAAUCAAUCAAAUAAUUUAUCAACUAAUCUUCAUUCAUCGCCAUCGAAAUCCGAACAAAAACCAACAAAUAAAACUACAUUAAAAAAUAUGACUCCUACUGAUUCAAGGCCAAGGCCAAUAAGUAACAAAUCUCAUACAAGUCGACAACGAUCUGCUUCUUUAUAUCAUUCAUCUAAAAAUCCAUCAACAAAUAUUGUUUCUCGAGAACAGUCAUUUAAAUCUAUUCCUAAUAUUUCUCAAAUAUCAACAAAGCAAACAGAAAAUAUUCUUGAUAAUGAACAACAAACACCAAAUGAAUCACGUCGUAAUUCAGCAAUACCUGUUGUACUUUAUUCACCUGAUUCUGAUAACUUUCCAUUAUCAACAUCCAGAGCAGCAUCACCUGAAAGAAGAAAUUCAAUUCCUUCACUCAAUCAAAAUAUGCUUUUUACAUCAACAGAUAUGAUUAAUUUUGACGAUUCAAAUACAGAAAAUCUUCAGAUCGUAUCUUCUCAACAGCCGAAUAUAGAAAAUGAAGAACCUAGUCCUUCAAUAAAUUCUCCAUCAUUACAAGAAAUUCAACAAAAUAAUCAAUCACAUGAAGUUAAACAUGAAUUAUCAUCAAAUGAAAAUCAAGAUGAAUUAAUAAAUCAACAUCUUUCACCAUCUUUAUCAAUACAUGAACAAGAAAAUACUCGACUAAAAUCAGUUUCACCAUUAACUAUGGAAAAAAAAGAAAAUGAAGAUGAUGAUUUACAUUCUCCAUCGCUUUCUCCUCGUCAUAGUGAUGCAUCCAAUACUAAUCUGACAUCUGUUGAACAUGAAGAUACAUUUAGACAAGCAAUAUCUCCCGAUUAUACUAACAAUCAAUUAGAAAAACCAGUAUCACCAUUAUUAGAACCAAAAUUAACUAUUGAAGAUCAAUCGAAACAUGAAGAUAAACAUUCACCGUCUCCAGUACAUGAAGAAGAAAGUUUACCAUUUAUUACAGCAAGUCAACGACGUUCAAAAUUAUCUCUUUUAGUACGUCGACCAAAACAACGACAAAAAAAACCUAUUCAUGAUCAGCUACCACAAACACAUACAUCAGAUUUAUCUUCAACAAAUGCAAAUCAAAAAUCAAAACAACAACAACAUGUAUCAUAUGCUGAUAAUGUUUCACCUUUUCAAAUAAAAGAAAAUCAUCCAUUAAAAAAUUGGCGUGAACGUAUUAGUAGUAUUUUAACAAAAAAACAUUCAUCGAAUGAUAGAUAUGUACAUGUAAAAUCACGUGUUAAUUCAUUUGCUAAUUUUGAAUAUCAACCAAAAAAAUUUAUGCUUUUACCAAAGAAAAAAUCACAUAAAAAAAUAUCUUCUGAUCAUGAAAUUGAUAUUAAAGAAGAUAAAUUAAAAAAAAAUAAAAAUCAAUCUAAACAACAAAUUUCUUCAACAUUAUCACCACAGAUUUUCGGACGACUAUGGUGUCUACCCGAUGGAAGUCCAAAAAUUUUUCAUGAACCACUUCGAUGGAAUGUACAAUCAAAAAUUAAAUCCUAUUCACACGAAAAUCUUCAUCAUAAACCACAACGAAGUCAUUUUAAAAUCUUUAAUAAAAUACCUAAAUGGAAUAGUGAAUCUAAAUUAGCAGAAAUUAUAAAAAGUAGUCCACGUCAUCAAAUUCUUAUGGAAACUGCUUCAUUAUUAACAACUCCUGAUGAAAAUAAUCCAUAUACUGAUCAUCAAGAAUCUCAAAUGGAAACAAAGAUUUUCGAUAUAAAUUCCAACGGUCAACCACAAAUUUAUUUGGAUAAUGUAUCUUUUGAUUCUAAACAAUCUAAUAAACUAAUUAUUCAUAAAAAACUUUUAUGGAAAAAAAAAUCUAAAUUAAAAGAUGCAAUAUGGGAAAAUAAAGGUUAUCAACCAAAACAAUCUCAAGUUAAAAUUUUUCAUCAAACAGUUCGUUGGAAAAGUGAAUCAAAACUACAAAUUACUCAUUUAAUAAAUUGGGAUAGUCAAGGAAAAAUAAAAUACUGGUCAGAAAUAGAUCAACCUCAAGGAAGAAAAAAGAAAGCACUUUUUGCUCAAUAUUAUGAUCCAAAAUGGAAUGAUAUAAUUACAGAUAAUAUUGAUAUAACAAAUAAAAAUGAUUCUAUGAUAGAAGAAUCAAAAUUAAAAGAUCAUGUCGAAGAAAAUUUCAAUGAUGAAUUGCAAAAUGAAACUCAAGUACAGUCCCCAGCAAAUCGACCUAAAUGGAAUUCUGUAAGUAAAACACGAAGUGUUAAUUUAAUCUACAAUCCAAAAACAUCAAAUGCAAAUUCGGUUCGAAGAGGAUGGGAUCUUGAACUUCGACGAAAACGAGUUCAUAAAUUACCACCACUUAAACGAAAAAGGGAUCACAAUAAAUCAACACAAUUAGCUAUUGAAGGUCCAUCAUCAAAUGAUCCAUUAGCUAUUGAAUAUAAUUAUGAUCCUUCUUUGAUAACGGCAGGUUUUAAUCCGGAAUAA